AUGACUGAACCUUCAAUUAUUCCUGCAAGUGAACAACAUACAGCUACUAUUAUCUUCUUACAUGGUUUAGAUGAUGUUGGUAAAACUUGGUUUGAUGAAUUUAAUAUGUUUGAUAUACCAAAAAGAGUACGACAUGUCAAAUAUAUAUUUCCAACAGCUUCAAUUAUAAACAUAUCAAAAAAUAAUGGAACACCAAUGACUAGUUGGUUUGAUGUUUAUGGUUUUGAUGAGCAAGCUAAAGAAGAUCAAGAAGGUAUCGAAAAAGCAUCACAACUUUUAAAUAGUUUUGUUGAAGAAGAAAUUAAAAAUGGAAUUCCACCAGAUCGUAUAAUGGUUGGAGGAUUUUCAAUGGGUGGUGCAGUGGCUCUUCAUACAGCAUUGGUAUCUCCUCAUACACUUGGUGGUGUGUUAGCUCUCUCAACAUGGCUUCCUCUAUUAAAUACUUUUCCUAAAGCACUUGUAGCUAGUGAUAAAAAAGUAAAUUUACCUAUUCUUCAAUGUCAUGGUAAUAAAGAUUUGAUAAUACAAAUCAAUCGAGCUCGCUUAUGUGAAGAAAAUUUUAAAGCAAUGGGCUUUAAACAAUAUAUAUUUAAAGAGUAUGAUGGUAUGGAUCAUACAAAUUGUGAACAAGUUAUUUUUUUACAUGGUCUCGGUGAUGUUGGAACAAGUUGGCAUGAAAUAUUUAAUAUGUAUCGUAUUGCAAAAUCUGUUCCAUAUGUGAAAUUUAUUUUUCCAACAGCUCCGAUACAAAAAGUCACAUUGAAUAUGGGAAUGGCUAUGACGAGUUGGUUUGAUAUCUUUGGACUUGAUCCAUAUACAAAAGAAGAUCAAGAAGGCAUUGAAAAAUCAUCAAUAUUUUUAAAAUAUCUUGUUGAAGAAGAAAUUAGAGAAGGAAUUCUUCCUGAACGCAUUAUAAUUGGUGGUUUUUCUAUGGGUGGUGCAAUUGCACUUCAUGCAGCAUUGACAAGUCCUCAUACACUUGCAGGUGUUAUAGCUUUAUCAACAUGGCUUCCUUUAUCAACAACAUUUCCUGAAGCACUUGUAUCAGGUGAUAACAAAGUUAAUUUACCGAUUCUGCAAUGUCAUGGUGAUCAAGAUCCAUUGGUACAAUUAAGAUGGGCUCGACUUACUGAACAAGGUAUUAAAGCAAUGGGUUUUAAACACUAUACAUUUAAAGAAUAUCAUGAUAUGGGACAUUCAUCGUGUGGCCGGGAAAUGAAAGAUGUUAGUUCAUUUAUUAUACAACAUUUGCCAAAAAUAGAUUAA